AUGGAGAAAGCGCAUAACAGACAGCGUGUUCUGCUUCAGCAUCUGUUGCCCAAUUCUUCUUUUUCCUCUGCUCCUCCUGAAACCCAUCAAUCUGCUGCCCUAUCUGCUUCAAUAUGUGCUGCUGGGGAUAGUGCUGCGUACCACAGAACAGCUGCUUUUGGAGACGAUGUAGUGAUUGUGGCAGCCUACCGUACUGCCAUUUGCAAAGCAAAGCGAGGAGGCUUUAAGGAUACUUCACCUGAUGAUUUACUGGCUCCUGUUUUAAAGGCACUAAUUGAGAGGACAAAUUUGAACCCAAGUGAAGUAGGGGAUAUAGUUGUUGGUACGGUUAUGGCACCUGGCUCACUUAGAGCAACUGAGUGCAGGAUGGCUGCAUUUUAUGCUGGUUUCCCUGAUACGGUUCCCAUCAGAACCGUCAACAGGCAAUGUUCGUCAGGCCUUCAGGCAGUUGCUGAUGUAGCUGCUUCUAUAAAAGCCGGAUUCUAUGAAAUCGGUGUUGCAGCUGGAUUGGAGUCCAUGUCAGUUGAUAAACUUGGCAGGAUGAACAAAAUUAACCCUAAAGUAGAUAUCUUUGCACAAGCCCGUGACUGCCUUCUUCCCAUGGGUAUUACCUCUGAAAAUGUUGCACAGCGAUAUGGUGUGACACGGCAGGAGCAAGACAAAGCUGCUGUUGAAUCACAUAGCCGUGCUGCUGCAGCAACAGCAUCAGGCAAAUUCCAAGAUGAAAUUAUCCCUGUAUCUACUAAGAUUGUGGAUCCAAAAACUGGAGAGGAGAGGCCUGUUACAAUUUCUGUGGAUGAUGGGAUCCGGCCAAAUGCAAACAUGAAUGAUUUGGCAAAGCUGAAGCCUGCAUUUAAAGCAGAUGGGUCUACAACUGCAGGAAAUGCUAGCCAGGUGAGUGAUGGUGCUGGAGCAGUUCUCCUCAUGAAGAGAAGUUUAGCUAUGCAGAAGGGGCUUCCUAUUCUUGGUGUUUUCAGGAGUUUUGCUGCUGUUGGCGUUGACCCCGCUGUCAUGGGAAUAGGUCCAGCUGCUGCAAUUCCAGUUGCGGUGAAAUCUGCUGGUCUGGAGCUUGAUGAUAUUGAUCUAUUUGAGAUAAAUGAGGCAUUUGCAUCUCAAUAUGUAUAUUGUUGCAAGAAAUUGGAGCUUGAUCCUGAAAAAGUCAAUGUUAAUGGAGGCGCUAUUGCUCUAGGGCAUCCUUUAGGCGCUACAGGUGCUCGCUGUGUUGCAACUCUAUUGAAUGAGAUGAAGCGUCGUGGCAAGGAUCACCGCUUUGGUGUGAUAUCCAUGUGCAUAGGCUCGGGUAUGGGGGCUGCUGCAGUUUUUGAGAGAGGGGACUCAGUCGAUGAGCUGUGCAACGUUAGAACAGUUGAAAGGAACAAUCUUUUAUCAAAUGAUGCUAGGUAG